AUGACAAAGGCUCGCCGUCGCAAUCUUCGUCCCAACACUUCUUCCGUCUUUUCCAUUGCGUCCAAGCAACAGAGACAUGCUCAAAGCUCCAAGCGAAGCGCGGAGCUGGAGAUGGUGCCGGAUGCUACUGAUAAUCGCCUGCAUGCAGAUGUACGCGAUCAACUUGAACUCGAAUCGUUUAUUGACAUGACUUCUCAAUCCGCACAUUUCCUCCCUACGCGUUCCCAACCACGUCCUGCUGAUCUCAAAUCUGGUUGCUGUCCCACUGUCAACGACACUGGCUAUGACGAUACCAUGACGGCUUGGCUCUCUCAGGAACAACAAUCUAGCGCACCUCUUCCAGCGAGGAAUGUUGUCAAUUUCUUGCGCAACAAAUCUGGCAUCAAGACCCGCGUCGGUGCCCUGAACGGCAAGCGUGUCGACUACUUCAAGGGUUCUGCUGCUGUCAAGGCGCUCCUCUCGCCCGCCUAUGCCAAACUCAAAGAUGUUCCGAAAGUUUCCUCCAAGGAAGAGGCGGAAGAAGCUCUGCACAAUAUCAUCCCAUUUGCGUUUUUCCUUCGCGUCGAACGCGGGACCAGCACGGGCGGCAAGGAUUCUCCCAAAAUUGUCGAGAUUAACCCACAACAGAUGUUCAGGAGCGAUCUCUAUUACGUAUGGCUCUACGAGGGCUCACAAUUGGGACUCAAGCUGGCAGGGUUGGGGAUGGUAGCCGUCAUGCUGGCUGGUGUCAUGUUCCCGCUCUGGCCGCCCACCAUGCGACUGGGUGUGUGGUACCUUUCGAUUGGAGCUUUGGGCUUGAUUGGCCUUUUCUUUGCGAUUGCGAUCGUGAGGUUGAUCUUUUGGUUGAUCACGCUGGUAGUAGCCAAACCUGGUAUUUGGAUUUUCCCCAACCUGUUUGAGGAUGUUGGAUUUGUGGAUUCCUUUAUCCCACUCUGGGCUUGGGAUGUUGCUCCCCCGCCCAAGAAGAAGAGCAGCAAGGCAUCCGCGGUCGCGGCGGCGACGGGGGGCAGCGAGAAGAAGAAGCCCUCGUCCAGCGGCGCUGGUGCACGACAGCAGGCUCUGUCCGGGCUCGGAGGCGCAGCACCUACCGCGCCUCCUUCGCCACCAAAGCCGCCUCAGCAGGCUGCACAUUCCACCCCCGCUCCACAGCAGAAUGGAGGUGUGCAGAACCAUGCUACCGGCAGCGGUGGUCCGGGUGCCUCUGAAAGCUUGGAUGACAUCAACUAA